AUGAGCAACAAAUGUAAAGUCAAUAGGGAUGUUAAUAAGCGUAGACUUCCCGACAAUUUCCGGCAACACAUGUCAACCACAACCACCGCCCAACCCGACGAGGUCUACAUCGAGCCCCUACAGGAUGUUAAGGAGUUUUGCUUUCAAAUGCUGGAGAAGUUCCGGACCGGAGGGGAAGGCGAUUACGUGUGGCGUCCAUACAAUUCACGCUUUUAUGGAGAGUUGAGAUGGAAAAAGAAACUCCCAAAAAAUGUCUAACCAUUUUACCAACAUCUUAUUUAAUACAUAUAAUAUCUAUAAUUACUAUAAUAUCUAAU